GCUCUCAGCCACCGCCUCCUCCGGGCUCCGGGUCUUCCCCUUCCUCUCACAACUGAUCCUGUGGGGGAUUUUUUUUUCUAUAUUGGAACGGUGGGGAGGAGCAGGGAGGGGGGAAACAGGAGGAAGGGGAGAGAUUAGACAGCUAUCUAUCUCCUCCUGUUUUUCCCAGAACAGGUGAUGCUUUGAAAUUGCGAUCACUUUCAGGAGAACGCUCUGCAACUGGAAGGAUGCGGGCGACCUAGGGUGGUAGAAGCCCCGAGGCGGCAGAUCUGAAGCCACCGAGGAUAAAACCCCAAACUUUGAGUGCUUUGUGCGUGGACUGGUUAUUUCUUUCCAAGAGGGCCCCAAACUUCGUCACUUGCCCCCUUUCUCGAAUUGCUUUGGAGGACAGCGUUUGCUGGCAGCGUUGGAAAGCCGGGGCGGUGUUGUCGUAAAGUCACUUUUAAGGCGACAGUAAAGGAUAAGACUUUUUAAAUGUUUGGGAUUCAAGAUACGCUAGGAAGAGGACCAGCUCUGAAAGAAAAGUCGCUGGGCGCCGAGAUGGAUUCGGUCAGGUCCUGGGUCCGGAAUGUCGGCGUGGUGGACGCCAAUGUCGCGGCUCAGAGCGGAGUGGCCCUGUCCCGGGCCCACUUUGAAAAGCAACCACCCUCUAACUUGAGGAAAUCCAACUUCUUUCAUUUUGUCCUGGCGCUCUACGACAGGCAGGGACAGCCGGUGGAGAUCGAGCGCACGGCCUUCGUGGACUUUGUGGAGAACGACAAAGAACAAGGCAAUGAGAAGACCAAUAAUGGCACCCAUUACAAGUUACAGCUCCUUUACAGCAACGGUGUCCGCACAGAACAAGACCUCUACGUCAGGCUCAUCGACUCAGUCACCAAGCAGCCCAUAGCCUAUGAGGGGCAGAAUAAGAACCCAGAAAUGUGCCGAGUCCUGCUGACACAUGAGGUGAUGUGCAGUCGAUGCUGCGAGAAGAAGAGCUGCGGGAAUCGGAAUGAGACUCCGUCAGACCCUGUCAUCAUCGACAGGUUCUUUUUAAAAUUUUUCCUGAAGUGCAAUCAGAAUUGUUUGAAAACAGCAGGAAACCCAAGGGACAUGAGACGGUUCCAGGUGGUGUUGUCAACAACAGUGAAUGUGGACGGGCACGUGCUGGCUGUGUCCGACAACAUGUUUGUACAUAACAACUCUAAGCACGGAAGGAGAGCGAGAAGGCUUGACCCGUCAGAAGCUACACCCUGCAUCAAAGCCAUCAGCCCAAGUGAAGGCUGGACCACAGGAGGAGCCAUGGUCAUCAUCAUUGGUGACAACUUCUUUGAUGGUCUCCAAGUUGUGUUUGGUACCAUGCUUGUAUGGAGUGAGCUCAUAACCCCCCAUGCCAUCAGGGUGCAGACCCCUCCUCGGCACAUCCCUGGAGUUGUGGAGGUGACACUGUCUUACAAAUCCAAACAGUUCUGCAAGGGAGCCCCGGGCAGGUUCAUUUACACAGCCUUAAAUGAACCCACCAUAGACUAUGGCUUCCAGAGACUACAGAAAGUCAUCCCAAGGCACCCAGGGGACCCCGAGAGGUUAGCCAAGGAAAUGCUAUUGAAAAGAGCCGCGGACCUAGUGGAAGCCCUCUACGGCACCCCCCACAAUAACCAGGACAUCAUUUUAAAGCGUGCAGCAGACAUUGCAGAAGCCCUGUACAGUGUCCCCAGGAACCCCAGUCAGAUUCCAGCUCUCUCCAGCUCCCCAGCUCACAGUGGCAUGAUGGGGAUCAACUCUUAUGGCAGCCAGCUCGGAGUCAGCAUCUCAGAGUCCACACAAGGAAAUAACCAAGGAUACAUCCGCAACACAAGCAGCAUCUCCCCGCGGGGAUACUCCUCCAGCUCCACGCCUCAGCAAUCGAAUUACAGCACCUCCAGUAACAGCAUGAACGGCUACAGCAAUGUUCCUAUGGCCAACCUGGGGGUGCCAGGAUCGCCAGGAUUUCUGAAUGGCUCGCCCACAGGCUCCCCAUACGGAAUCAUGUCCUCGAGCCCCACCGUCGGAUCCUCCAGCACGUCCUCCAUCCUCCCGUUUUCCUCUUCAGUUUUUCCUGCUGUCAAGCAGAAGAGUGCCUUUGCCCCUGUCAUCAGGCCCCAAGGCUCCCCUUCGCCCGCCUGCUCCAGUGGCAAUGGGAAUGGAUUCAGAGCCAUGACGGGACUUGUUGUACCCCCAAUGUAAAGAAGAGGAAGAACUGCUUUCUCAUAGCACAAAACUACUUAUUCCCAUGGACCAAUUAUGAAGGAAGCACUCUGAGCUCACUGGGGAGAGUUACGCCCCUGAGUGGCCACGUUGGACAGAUUUGGGAAGGCAAGGAGCCGCCAUCUUGGUCUCAUGUUCCUCACGAAGCACUGACGGUAACUCCACAAGCAAGGGCAGAAAGACGUCAUUGGCGUGGUCAGUGCUAAGAGCAGAAACGCAAUUCUUUGUUAUGAACAUUACGAAAACCACCUUCUUAUGUUUGUAAAAUAUUUAAGAAAAACAUUGGCAAACAUUCAUGCUUAAUAUUUUGGAUACUAUUUGUUUUUCUUUGUAGGAAAAAAAGUUGAAAGUUUCUAUUUUCUAUGAAUCCUUUCAGAUACCAAUUUAGUUUAUGCAGAAAAAAAAAUUGAACAAAACAGGGUACCAGCAUGGGAGACUUUCUUAAAAAUGAAACCUGAAUCGAAUGAGGAAAUGUUGUAUGUGUGUUUGCUUAUACCUUAAGCUCUUUAAAAAAAAAAACAAAAAAGGGAAAAAAAUUUAAAAUGUUUUACAGUUAUUUAAAUAAAUAAACGUGUAACUUAUUGUAAGUAGAAGUAGAAAUUAAGACUUUUUUUUUUUUUUAGAAGAGAGGAGUCUCUCUUCCUGAUGUAAAAUGAAAUCGACACAAACAGGUAGUGACGAGUUUUAACGGUGUGUGGUUAUUACAGUUGCUUAUUAGAUUCUUAUCCCACAUCCCUCUUUUCCCAUCGUUUUAUUGACCCAUGCACAAGAGCGCUGUGUCUUGUGCGGAUUCCCACAGAGCAAUCUGCCGCAAAGCCAGACUCAGAGAAAUGCUGGCCCGCAAAUGCUCCAACCCGUCCCUUCGUUCCCAGACUUGCUUUCUAAAGAGUUCGCAGAUCAGUUGUGUCCACCCUUGGUGUGGCGUUUUCAAAACUACAUUCUUUCCUGAGCAAUGCAGGGCGUGCCUGUGUUACCAUCUUUCCCUAGAUAAGAACUGCCUCUGAGAAGGGCCAAAGCCAGGCGACUGUCCAUGGGCUCUGUGGUAGAACUUCUCCUUGACAGAGCUGUAUGGUCCCUUCUCUUCUGGUGCCCAAUUUAGGCAUGGAGGCAGGAAGCUCCACAGAACUUUGCAGAAAGAGGUUGGGGUAAGUCUUCGACGGUUUCCUUUCUAUGCAGAGUCUUCCUUUUGUGUGAUUAAAGUCCCUCGGAAAAACUUGUAUCUGGGAGGAGUGGGGAAGGGUGUAGAAGAGAGUACUCAAAAAUCCUCAAGCUUCUGUCCUUCUGCCCAAAGAUAUGGACACUGGGAUUCCUUGGAGAUUGGGAGAUUAGUGGUAGCUGUGUUCUGAGCAGCCUGCCCUGGGGAGCCCUGUGCUGCCUACCUAGUUCUUAGGAGGGGAACCCUGCAGUAGUUGCUAACCACGGUAGAGCCUUCAAGAUGUGUUUGGUCCCAGAGAUACAUCUAGACUUGCGUGGCUUGACAAUAGGAUGUCAUGAUUUCCCAGGUCAGGUGUCUUUGCCUUGUUUCCACAGACUUAGCUCGAGGUUCUUGGUUAGGCUUCUGGCAUUGGAAAUUGAUACAGUUUUCAUGGGGAAAACAUCUUUCGUGCUUCUGAGCCAAUUUUAGAUGACCCUCUCAAUGCCCAUUGGCACACGCCCUCACUUACCCAACCCUCGGCUGUCUGAGUUGCCUUUAGUUUGCUCUGGAAUCGCCCAAUAGGACACUUUUCCCCCUAGCACAUGAGAAUCCACAAUUUUUGAAACCCGGCAUGCUCAUAACUACUGCUGACAGUCCUUCAUAGUCAGGGCUUCCAGCGCCAAAGUAUACGGAAAUGCAUGAGAACACCCGCCCUGGCUAACAACCCGGUACUGGGGAAAGAAUGCGUGGACUACGAACCUUACCAUCCCAAAAUGGAGGCCGAGCAAAAUUAAGCAUGUUUAGACCUGGAUUUGAGCCAAUCCAACAUAAGGACAUUUCUUUUUUUUUUCUUAAGUAGCAAUAGCUUUUAGAACCUGUGAAUCUUUCUCUUGCAUGAAGAUUAGUGCAGUACUGUCUUCAGAAUGAUCGUAGAGUCUGUCGGUAGUUUUACACCGAAGACUGUGUGUAACUAAAAACCGGACAUCUUUGACCAUUCACUAGGACCUCGGCAGCCACAGACCUAUUUAAUUGUACAAACGUGUGUAAGGAUUAUUUUUAGUGUACUAAUAACUUAAAAAACGAAGCCACUCUGUCCUCUUUAGUCAUUGCUAUUAAAUGAUUCUGCUCCCAGGUUAUUUUUGUGCCGCUUGGCAGACAAGUAUCUCUAUAGGUAAUGACAGAAUUCUGUUCUAUUUUUGGAGAGGAACCGUGUAAGAGUUUUCAUUUAAAUGGACAAUUGACUGCAUUAUUUAUCUCAUUUCUUUUGUUACGGCAUCAAAAUUCUUUCCAGUUUUUCUUUGCACAUUUCAACAUGCAUGGUUAAAAAACCAUUAUCUUUACCUUUUGUAAAGUAAGGUCUCAUUUCCAAACUGUAUAGUUUUGUUGUUUUUUUGCUUUGUCAGUUACAUACAGUAUAAAGUUGCUAUGCAGAGCUUUUUGUAAAGACAGCUUUUUUUGUUUACUGUUUUUAAUGGUCUUCCUUAUGAAAGAAUAUCUUGU